CACGCUUCCACACGUCUGCUGUCGCUUCUGCCGCACGGCUGACGAACGCGCUGCUGUUGCGCUGCACCGCACCAACGCGCAGGAAACCCCGCCGCCGCGCUCGCGACGUCUCCACGCGUUGAACCCCCCGUCCCGCAUCCAGGAGAGCGCGCCCUUCGUCGACCUUCGGCUGGACCCACAUUCUUCCAAUGGCGCCGCUGCCCGGCACUCCCAGACCACGCGUGAGGAGCUCCGGGCGACCGCUCAACAAGCGAACCAUAUCCGAUUCCGCGCCUCCACUCAAGAAACGAAAAUACAUACCGGGCGGGCCUGGAGGAGGCGGUAGAUACGUCGACGAGGACGGCAUCGAGACACCAGUGGGCGGCACAGGACCUGGCGGCUACGCAUACAUUGGACCCCGAGGCCGCAUCGGCCGCAUGAACGCUGAACGACAGGGCCUGCCUCUCGACGCGCCCUCGCCCUCAUACUCUCGCCCUCGACGCGAAAGACCGCCGGCUGGGCCACGCUCCAGUUCGGCCGCCGCCGUCGCCGCCGCAGUGGCGCAAAACGAUGGAUACAAGCCGCGCGAGGAGCGCGGGUGGGAAGAAUUUCACCAGACGUUGGACAUCGACCUCGAACUGCCCAUAUUCAGCGCAGACCAGGUCGAUGGAAUAAGCCCCCCAGACUCUGCGCCCGGCACGCCCGUGAACGGUUUUUCGACCGGCCAGUACGCAAUCGACAGUGGGGUGUCUGCCCAUUUCGAGGGUGUUCGCGCCCAGCAGCAGGCUUCGCAAGAUGCCACCACCACAAAUGGCCUCCAGCUGACCCCCAGAAAACGGGGCCCAGGACGACCGCCCCGCAAAACCGACUCCAUGCUGAGUGGAUUAGGCUCGCCGCCACGACCGCGCAUCAAUCCCUUGCCGACUAUGAAUCCAAAGGAGAAAUUGAAUCUUCCCAAACCCUCUACUCGUCAAGUGGAAACUUUCAAGGCAUAUGAAGAGAGUGAAGCUGUCAAGAUCAAUUACGUUGACCGGACAAUGGCAAGCAUUGGCUAUCAGGAAAGCGAGAUCUUCGCGAAGCCGGAGAAGGCCUUGAUUCGUGUGCCUGAGGGAUCGAUCGAAGAGGAUUUGGACCUAACCUUACAAUCAGAAGGCGAUGGCUCGAGCGCCGUCGGCGUUGGACGCGUGGAGUACGACAUGGACGAACAGGACGAUCAGUGGCUGGAGACCGUCAAUGCACAGCGGCGAGAUGAGGGCGUAGAAGCCAUCAAACCGGCAAUAUUCGAGGUCACCAUCACACAAAUUGAGAAAGAGUGGCAUGCUCUAGAGAAACGUAUACCUAAACCAAAUCCGAAACCUCCUCAAACCCACCGACCACGAUCAAGCUCAGCAGCUGCAGUAAAUGGAGAGCCCGCGGGCCAAGGUGACGAGCAGGACACAAAGUGCGCUGUCUGCGACGACGGUGACUGCGAGAACACCAAUGCUAUAGUAUUUUGCGAUGGUUGCGACCUGGCAGUGCACCAAGAGUGCUAUGGCGUACCAUUCAUACCGGAAGGACAGUGGCUAUGCAGACGAUGUCAGUUAGUGGGGCGUGGAACCCCUGUCAGUGAACAGCCGGGUUGCAUCUUCUGUCCAAACAUAGACGGUGCAUUCAAACAGACCACUGCCAUGAAAUGGGCGCAUUUGCUCUGCGCCAUGUGGAUUCCUGAAGUCUCAUUAGCAAACACGACCUUCCAAGAGCCAGUGCAAGAUGUUGAAAAGGUACCAAAGACGCGAUGGAAGCUGACGUGCUAUAUAUGCAAGCAGAAGAUGGGCGCAUGCAUUCAAUGUGGCCACAAGUCCUGCUUCGAAGCGUUCCAUGUGACAUGCGCGCGCAAGGCUCGAUUAUGUCUGAAGAUGAAAUCUUCCUCAUCUCAAAACCCACAUGACGCUAGCGUUUUGAAAGCCUACUGUGACAGACACUCACCGAGCGACUGGCGCCGGGAGAACGACGUGGAAGGUGCGUUAGUUGAAGCUAAGUACUUCUAUCGACAGACGAUGCGACACGUUCGUUGGGGUGACAGCCAGGCUUAUGCUUUGUCGAUUGGCUCUUCGCACCCGGUCCCAUCCGUGGAAGGCCUGGAGGAAGACGACGGCUCCGGCAAUCGACGCAGACGUACAGGUCCACCAGUGAAAUCUUGGCGACUUCCAUCUGGAGCUCCAGUCGUACCCCACGCCGUGUACCACAACGUAGAAAACUCGCUCAUACGAUUCAACGUUCGUAAACGCAAAGAGUUUGUCCAGGAGGCUUGCAAAUACUGGACACUGAAACGAGAAGCGCGGCGUGGCGCAGCCCUGAUCAAACGACUUCAACUUCAAUUGGAUGCAUUCUCAUCAAUGGAAAUCACUCGUCGUAACUUUGCUGGCAUGGGCGCGGUCGGCCGACCCAGACUUCAACGCCGCAUCCAGUUUGCAGAGCGUCUUGAGGAUGACAUGGAAUCGAUUCUGCUUCUAUGCGAAUCGGUCAAGAAACGCGAGGCCGAGAAGCUCAAGGAAGUCAUGAUACUAAGAAGCAUGCUUGAUGCUAUGUAUUUCCCAAUUGCGCCGUUACUCGAACCGAUCCUUGAGCGAGCUGCAACGUACGACAACAAAGACGUCUUCAAAGAUGGCCUUCUGGAACUGCAAACUAGGCUUGCGGAGAAGUUUUACACGUCUGUACAAACCUUCGGCGAAGACAUAGUGGCUGCCUUAAGCUCAGUCAUUGGCUUUGCUGCCAUUGCGGACGUUGGCGAUGCCGAACAACAGCUUAGCGGCGUUGCUCACGGCGUUCUAACUACCGAGCAAAAGGAAAAGAAGAAGUUGGCCAAGCGCAUCAUCAAGGGUAUUCAACCUUUGUUCGAUGAUGCGAUGCACAAAGAGUCGGACUUGGCUGGCAGACCGUUUGAAAGAGAGAUCCCGAAUCUUGAGGCGAUACUUGAACAGAAAUUACUCACGCGACCACCUACUGCGACUGGUGCCAAUGGUGUACAUGCGAGUAUCGAGAACGGGGCCUCUGGUGGUGCUGUCCAAGCCACAAAGACGAUGAUGGACGGGGUCGCGGCCAAAAGCGACGAAUCAAUUGCGCAUGCACCUACACCUGAGGAAUUAUCAGAAGUCCACCGUUCUGCACGGGAUGAGGCUGCCGACGAGGCUGCGAUCGCUGCUCAACUUGGACAGCACACGAUGCAGGUGGUUCCGGAUACUGAUGCCAUGGAUGUGGAUGACGCUCAAGCGAACAACACAACCGCAGCACCGCCCACACCCCCGGGAUCGGAUCAAGAUUUGCUUGGCCCGAUUCAUCAUGGCGGCAUACCUUGGUACAUGAAAGAGUUCGAUCCUGAAGGGACAACCGUAUACGAGGAGCGCUGGCGGGGUCGAGACGUAUUACGGGAUAUGAGCGAAGAGUUGAGUGAAUUAGACGACGAAGAGCUGAAUGGCCUUGCCGGCUCUGAAGGUAUGAUUCCAGAAGCAGUUGCCUCGGAGCAAGAAGUAGCACGAAACAAGCGCAACAGAAACCGUGGCCUUCGGUAGCACCCCGAAGGGAGCGAAGGUGUACUUGAUGUCUGUUCAUGAUUUGACGGCGCGAGCGGGGCUUGUAUUACUGUGUGCAUUUCGAAGUGUACACAUUAGGGUUUUUCUGUUAUACCUGGUUCUGCUUGGAGGAUUUUGUGCCAGUUUGGACGUGUUUCGCCCUGCAAGGGUUGCACAGCACUAUUAGCGCGGAUGCAUUAUGUUUAUGUAUAAUCAACCAGAGAGGUCCCUCUCAAAGUAAGCA